UCCGGUUGGGGGGUCGGAUUUGUAACGACCCUUCAGUAUGGCGGCCAUGAUUGUUUUCAUUCCGAAGUGCCCUUCGGAGAGCGAUAUAUCCCAUUUGUAAACACUUAUUUCAUUAACAUUAGAGGCCUGUGAAAAUGCAACCAUAAUGCAAUACAGAUACAUGUUUUUAUUCUUUAUAUGUUUUUUGUUUUUUUGUCAACAAACAAGACAAAAAUUAAAAAAAAAAUUCAAAUAGACGUUAUCUUUACAUAUUUCACAUAUUUGAAGUCUAAACAAGUACAUUCUUACCUUAAAACAACUUUUAAAACUCCAUUAUGUGACGCAAAAACAGUAUUAUUUAUAAAAUUAUAGUGGAUUUGGGCAUCCACCAUGACACUCGCUGUGAGAUAUAUACCGCAAGUGGACUGACACCAACAGUGAAGCGGUUGGACUUCCGAUAUCACUGGAAUAUCUCACUCCUCUCAGCCAAUCAGAUUCAAGGACCAGAAAGAACUGUUGUUAUUUAUGCACAAAAACUGUGCAUUUGUGCAUAUUUGUGUUUACUUCCCUAGCUUCCUUUCCUCGAGUCUUAGCUCCACCCCCUUAGAAUGCGAGGGAAGGAUACAACUUGUCGUUCAUGACUCCUCUGUAAGCUACUACAAAAGGUUCAAAACAGUCACUGAUGAUCCAGAAGGAAAAACAAUGUGCCUAAAUAUCAUAUAAUAUAAUUUUUUUAUUUUGUACUGCCCCUCAGAAGCUACAGAAUAUACUUACCUGUUUCCCAGAAGACAAAAUACAUUAAAUUUACCCUGAUCUUCAAAUUCAAAAAGUUUUCACCUCCAGGCUCUUAAUGUAUUGCGUUUCCUUCUUGAGCAUCAGUGAGUGUUUGAACUUUUUGUAGUAGUUGCAUGUAAGUCCCUCAGUUGUCCUCAGUGUGAAAAGAUGGAUCUCAAAAUCAAACAGCCAUUGUUGGAAAAUGUUCAAAUAUGUAAAACAAAUGCUGGAAAACCAAAGAAUCUGUGGGACCUUGGGAUUUUUCUGAAGAACAGUUUAACUGUUCAGGACAAAUUAUUGGCCUAGGACACCUUUUUUGGUUCUGGCCCAAAAAAGACUGAGAACCAUUGCUUUAGAAGAUGAAAUGCACAUCUCAGCAAACUAUUGGUGAAAACUAAUUAAUAAUGUGAAAACAUACAUUUUUUUUACUGUUACAGUCAGUUUAAAUGGUAAAUUAAACAUAUUCAACUUAUAGUGUAUAUUUAGAAUUUUUGUCUUCUGAGUUUACAAGCAUUAUGGAUUACUUAUAUUUGUUUUAGUGAACAAACACAAUUUCUGAAAUCAACUCCUUAUUCUGUUUCACAUCAAACUGAUAUAAGGUAAUUAAUUUAGCCAAAUAAGGAAUGAUGCUUCACUUAACUUCACCUAAAAUCAACUCUAAUUCUUGUCAAAAUGCCAAAUGUUAACUUCACCAUGAAAAUGAAGUGUAUCGCUACAUUUGGGCUCACUUUUACCUAAAACAAAAAAACAAAAAAAGCAAGUUCCUUCAUAAAAGCAUUUUUUAAAAUGUUAUGAAGGUCAGACAUUCAUCAGCAGCAGUAGUUUGUUUCUAGGUCAAACAGCUGCCCUUAUCUAUAGGAGUUUAGCAGACAUGUGUAACCUGGACCGAGUGUUACGUGCAUGAUCCCUGACUGUGAUGAUAAUUCCUUUUAAGAAUCACUUGAGGUCAAUUUAAAAAAAAAAAAAAAAAGAAACUGAAAGGACCUACAACACACUUUUAAGAUAUAAGGGUAGGAUAUAUAUCAGACUUCUUUAGAGUGAAUUUAUAGAGCUCAUAGUUUCAUCCAGGAUCAAAAACACAUAUCUUUUUGAGUGAUGUGUCAAAUCUUAUCAGGAAGCGAACAAAGUCUGGUGUCAUUUGUUACUGUUAUUAGUUCAAAGGUUCAAAAUCAGAGUCUGGUUUCAUAGAUUUAGUACCUAAGACCUCAUAUUGACAAUUUCAUAAAGGGCGGUAUUCAAAAUGUCUUUAUAUUAAAACUUAAAAGGAGAUUGUCUGUUCUUGAAUCCCCUGAUAUUUUUUUUAAAACACUUCCAUGGUUAUGGGUCUACAGAAAUACUUUAGGACAGACUAUCAUUUCUUUAUUUCUAUCACAUUGAAUAAAAUUAUUUUACUUAGAGAAUUUACUAAAUAGUCUUAAGCGUUCAACUAAAACAAUAUUUACAGUGGAAUUUAGUUGUACAGUUUAUUGUCCAAGAGUUAUCAGUCCGUAUUGAAUUCAGGACCUUUAGUGAUAAUAGGUACAGCCAGGACGUUAUGAUGUGGAGUUGUGACAGCAAGGCACUACCCACUGGACUUUGGGUUUCCACUACGGCAAUAACCUCCCCAUGCAAUAUAAAUACAGAUGUGAAACAGCCACCUUCACACUUGUUCGUCAGACAGGACAGCGUCAAUUAAAACACACUGACACAGACUCAAGGUAAAGACCAUGAAGGUUCUUGUGGUGUUCGCACUUGCUGUAUUUACAGGUUGCCAGGCCAACCUCUUCUAUGCUGAUGAGCCCAAGCCACAGCUGGAGCAGCUGACAGAUGCUUUCUGGAGCUAUGUUGCAAAGGCUACACAAACCGCAGAGGAAACCGUCAAGAUGAUCAGGUCUUCCCAACUGGGACAGGAAGUCAAUACCAGACUGACCCAGAGUGCCGAUAUGGCCAGCGAAUAUGCCAUCACCCUCAAGAAACAGAUGGAUCCUCUGACUGAAGAGCUGAUGACCAAAAUCACCAAGGAGACUGAAGUGUUGAGGGAGCGUCUGGGACAGGACCUGAUCACCGUGAGAGAAAAACUGGAGCCCUAUGCUGACAACCUCAAGAGCCAGAUCCAGCAGAGAGUGGAGGACCUCAGGACGGCCAUGGCUCCAUAUGCUGACUCCCUGGACUCUGAGACCCUGAAGGCCACUCUGCUCCAGAAAAGCGAGGAGCUGAGAGGAAACAUGGAGCAGAGCGUGAAGGAGCUGCAGGCUCAGCUGGAGCCCUACACUGCUGAGCUCAAGGAGAAAGUGGACCAGCGUCUGCAGGAGUUCCAGAAGACCGUGACACCCCUGACUGAGGAUCUUCAGGCCCAGAUUAGAGAGAGAGCCCAGAUGGUCCAGCAGAGUCUCACACCCUACGCUGAAGACCUGAAGGAAAAGCUGGAUCCCUAUGCACAGGACCUGCAGGCCCAGCUCACCUCCCUGUACGAGUCCUUCACCAAGAGAAAUUAGAUGCUACCAACAGACUUUUGCCAACUGCUGCUAAUGUAAUUCGACGCUAGAUUCAGUUCUAUGUGAAAGUAUGUUCUUCACUGUCUGUGGUUAACACUAACAACUGCUGCUGACCUUACAGUGACCUGAUGGAAGUAUUUAUUCACAGCCAAGUAACAAAACACAAAGGUCCGAUCAUGUGCAUUUACAUUUACACAAUGAUUUUUAUGUAAUGUUUGAAACAUCUUAAUUUAAACAAAAUAAAUAUUUUGUCAAAGGAAAUAAGUCUAAAAUGUUUUUGUUUGUUUUUUUCUGGUUGGGUGGUUGAAGUUUUAAGACCCAGUUAUGUUUACUCUAGAAUUCUCAUUUUCAAAUAAACAAAUGCUAAAUGCCAUCAGAAUAGGUAUAUGUUUAAUCUUUGAUGCUGAUAACCUCCCUGUAUACAGAGAUGCUAAAUUUUGCAUGAAUUUCAAAUUAUUUUACUUCUACAUACAAACAACAAAACUCUUCAUGACAAAAAAAUACAGUAUUUCAUUAGUUAAAUAUAACUUCCUAAAAACAAUGAUACACUUCUGAAGCUCUUCUGAGAUUUGGAUAUAUACAAUGUUUAAACGUUUGGGGUUGUAAGAUUUUUUUAUUAUUAUUAUUUUUUAAUAAGUCUGUUAUACUCACCAAGGCUGCUGCUAUUUGAUCCAAAAUAUAGUAAAAAAAAUAAAUAAAUAAAAAAAAUACACUAUACUGUGAAAUAUUAUUACAAUUUAAAAUAAAUGUCUUCUAUUUCAAUAUAUUUUAAAAUAUAAUUUAUUCCCAAAACUGGGCAGAUU